CCUGUAGUCGUCGCUAUGAAGCUGUUACUUGCCUCCCUGGCGGCAGUCGUUCUCGCAGCAUCGGCUGCGAGCGACGGAGUGAUGGUGUGUUACUACGGCUCCUGGGCGGUGUACAGGCCGGACAACGGCAAGUUUGACGUGGAGAACAUCGACCCGGCCAUCUGCACCCACCUCAUCUUCGGCUUCGCUGGACUUGGCUCGAACAACCAAAUCAAGGUACUGGACCCGUACAACGAGCUGUGUGAGAACUACGGCAAGUGUGCCUACGACCGGUUCACCGCGCUUAAGAACAAGAACGCCGACCUUAUCACCAUCCUGGCCGUCGGAGGCUGGAACGAGGGAUCCACCAAGUACUCCAAUAUGGCAGCAGAUGCUAACAAGAGAAAGACCUUCGUCGACUCCUCCAUUGAGAUGUUGAAGACCCACAACUUCGACGGUCUGGACAUGGACUGGGAGUACCCGACCCAGCGUGGAGGGAAGCCAGAGGACAAGGUCAACUUCAUCAGCCUCCUGUCAGACUUGUACAACGAGCUGCACGCCAACGGUAUGAUCCUGACGGCCGCCGUGUCCGCCGGUAAGCUGACCAUUGAUCCUGCCUACGACAUCCCCGCCAUGGCACAGAAUCUUGACCUCAUCAACCUGAUGGCGUACGACCUGCACGGCGCCUGGGACACCUACACCCACCACCAGUCUGGCCUCUACCAGUAUCCUGACGACACCGGCGACAAUGUCUACCUCAACCAGGACUUCGCUGUGAGGUACUGGAUUGACGGAGGAAUGCCGAGCACCAAGAUCGCCCUGGGCGUACCUCUCUAUGGCCGCUGCUGGAAGCUGGACUACAGCACAGAUGAGAACGGUUACUAUGCCCCAGCCAGCCAGCCAGGACCUGCAGGACCCUUCACUAGGAGCCCCGGGUUCUUGGGCUAUAACGAGAUCUGCGAGUUCCAGAAGAACGAGGGUGACUGGGUGAUAGAGAUCGCGCCGGGCAUGAACGAGCCUUACACCUACAGCUACAACCACGAGAGGAUCUGGUGCUCCUACGAUGACCACGACUCUUGCGUAGUCAAGGCCAGCUAUGCUAAGAGCAUGAACCUCGCUGGUAUGAUGGUCUGGAGCCUGGAGACAGACGACUUCCGCGCCAUCUGCAACGACCGCUCCUUCGACCUCAUCAAGACUCUGCGUGAGACCUUCACGGGCGAAGUCAUUCCCACUCCUCCCACCCCACCCACCACUACUGCUGAUCCUGAUGCUCCGACCACCCCGUCCACCACCACACGGGGACCUCCUCCUCCUGACGGUGUGUGUGAGCAGCCCGGCCUCAACACUGACCCCGACAACUGCCACCACUAUUACCUCUGUGCCCCGAACACGGAGAACGGAUACGACGCCACGGAGGAGGUGUGCCCGGAGGGGACGCUCUUCAACCCCAACGCCAAGAUCUGCGACUGGGCCAACUCCGUCUGUGCCAUCAGCGGCGCCUGCCUCAACGAUUGUCCCACACCUGUCACUAUGAGGCUCUUACUCCUGUCGGCGGCGACGGCCCUGCUGGCACUCUCAGCAUCGGCCGCGAGCGACGGAGUGAUGGUGUGUUACUACGGCUCCUGGGCGGUGUACAGGCCGGACAACGGCAAGUUUGAUGUAGAGGACAUCGACCCGGCCAUCUGCACCCACCUCAUCUUCGGCUUCGCUGGACUUGGCUCCGACAACAAGAUCAGGGUACUGGACCCGUACAACGAGCUGUGUGAGAACUACGGCAAGUGCGCCUACGACCGGUUCAACGCACUUAAGAACAAGAACGCCGACCUUAUUACCAUCCUGGCCGUCGGAGGCUGGAACGAGGGAUCCACCAAGUACUCCAAUAUGGCGGCAAGCGCUGCAUCAAGGCAGACCUUCGUCGACUCCUCCAUUGAGAUGUUGAAGACCCACAACUUCGACGGUCUGGACAUGGACUGGGAGUACCCGACCCAGCGUGGAGGGAAGCCAGAGGACAAGGUCAACUUCAUCAGCCUCCUGUCAGACUUGUACAACGGGCUGCACGCCAACGGUAUGAUCCUGACGGCCGCCGUGUCCGCCGGUAAGCUGACCAUUGACCCCGCCUACGACAUCCCCGCCAUGGCAGAGAAUCUUGACCUCAUCAACCUGAUGGCGUACGACCUGCACGGCGCCUGGGACACCUACACCCACCACCAGUCUGGCCUCUACCAGUAUCCUGACGACACCGGCGACAACGUCUACCUCAACCAGGACUUCGCUGUGAGGUACUGGAUUGACGGAGGAAUGCCGAGCACCAAGAUCGCCCUGGGCGUACCCCUCUAUGGCCGCUGCUGGAAGCUGGACUACAGCACAGAUGAGAACGGUUACUAUGCCCCAGCCAGCCAGCCAGGACCUGCAGGACCCUACACCAGGAGCCCCGGGUUCUUAGGCUACAACGAGAUCUGCGAGUUCCAGAAGAACGAGGGUGACUGGGUGAUAGAGAUCGCGCCGGGCAUGAACGAGCCUUACACCUACAGCUACAACCACGAGAGGAUCUGGUGCUCCUACGAUGACCACGACUCUUGCGUAGUCAAGGCCAGCUAUGCUAAGAGCAUGAACCUGGCUGGUAUGAUGGUCUGGAGCCUGGAGACAGACGACUUCCGUGCCAUCUGCAACGACCGCUCCUUCGACCUCAUCAAGACUCUCCGGGAGACCUUCACGGGCGAAGUCAUUCCCACUCCUCCCACCCCACCCACCACUACUGCUGAUCCUGAUGCUCCGACCACCACCUCCACCACCACACGGGGACCUCCUCCUCCUGACGGUGUGUGUGAGCAGCCCGGCCUCAACACUGACCCCGAAAACUGCCACCACUAUUACCUCUGUGCCCCGAACACGGAGAACGGAUACGACGCCACGGAGGAGGUGUGCCCGGAGGGGACGCUCUUUAACCCCAACGCCAAGAUCUGCGACUGGGCCAACUCCGUCUGUGCCAUCAGCGGCGCCUGCCUCAACGAUUGUCCCUAAAGCCUCCACGUCUGUCCCCUGAAGCUCCAGAACUGUUCCUGAACCUCCACGACUGCGUCUGGACCUCAAGGACUACUCAAAUAAGCCUCCGCAACUGUCCAUGAACCUCUACGACUAUCCCUUUAGCCUCCAGGACUAUCCCCGAACCUGCUCGACUGUCCUUGAACCUCCAUGACGGUACCUGAUUUUCCACGACUGCCCCUAAACCGCUUCAAGUUAUGACUGGAGCCUGCCUGUCAUGAAGAGAAUGGACAUUCCAUAAUGUGUCGUUUUAUUCAGUCGAUACAAUGAUCUUUCCUUCAACUUGAGACAAAGUCCCGACUGUUCUAUUUACUGUACCGCUCCUAUAUCCCGAACUUUAUGGCACCUAUCUGAGACUUUCCAACUUCCUCAAGUUGGGGUUUGUGAUUGUUUUGGUAUUGAGUGACUGGAAAUGCAUCAGACUCAAAAC